UUUUACUCUUUGGAAUGCUCUUGUAACCUUUUUGUAUGCUCACAGGAAUCCAGUUGGUGUAGCAAUGGGAAAAAACAAAAGACCUGGCCAACACAAGCACUGUGAAAAAUGCUUUAGCCUUCGCUGCAAAGCCCCAAUAGAUAUAUCAGUCUCCUGCGUGGUGAUAAACUGUCGGCUUCACUGUGGAGCGGUUUUCCAUAUGUGCAAGGAGGAAGAACACAAACUGCUGUGUCCGCACGAAAAGGUCCCCUGCCUCAAUGCUGAAUAUGGCUGCCCGUUCUCAAUGCUCCGUUUCAAACUCGCUAAGCAUCUGGAGGUCUGUCCAGCAAGCACUGUGAGCUGCUCCAUGGAAUGGAACCGCUGGCCUCUGAUAGAAACAGAGACCGUUCUCAACGAGAAUGUAAUGAAAGAACCAUACUCAGAGGAGAAUUUAGACCUGUCCAUGGCUCUCAGAGACCAAAGAGUCCUAUUAAAUUCUUUAAAAAUGAGAUCCCUCUUUCCUGAGUUGACAGAACAAGUCCCUGAAGUUAGAAAUAGAGCUUCAGAACUAGGAUCGGAAGGGGCAGAACUAGGAGCUGGAUGCUCUGGUCAAGCCACUGCUUCAGGAGGCAACAUCUUUAUAGAUUCCGCAGGGACGGUAUUUAGUAGGGAAGAAGUUAUUGAACUGACCCAAGCUGAGCGUGAAGCUUUGGCAAAGGACACAAAUGUGGCGGACUUUGAAAGGUAUGACAUCUGGGAGAAUAUGUUUAGCAAGGAGAAGAGCAGCUGCAAACACACUGAAAAGGCUUUAAAGAAACAGGGACACACAGAGGGUAAAGAAGAAGAGCAGGCUACAUCCUGCAGUAAAGAACAGCAGGAGGAGCCUCAGAAUGAUAAAAACGGGGAGGCUGAAGCUGAAAGACAUCUUGAUAAGACAGGUCAAGCACCUUGGCAGGAUGGGGUUCUGGAAAGGCUAAGCAAACAGGUCACCCCAAUGGAAUACAACAUGUAUCUGUUGCACAAUGGCAGCAUGCUGAUUAACUUUGGCCAGAUUGAUGCCUGUACCCCAAAAGACAGAGACUUUGUUUACGGAAGCAUAGAACCAAUGGAACUCAAGAGUGUCCAAACAUUUAAGGUUCCCAAAAGUUACCGUGCCAAAAGGUCAUGCGGUGGGAUGUCUUCAAUGAAGAAAGAACACAAGGCAGUCGACACAUCUGAUUUAGGUGUCACUGAUGAUGAAAUACCAACAUGGGAUGAGAUUAGGGCUUCCUUACUUUGUUCAUUAGAAAGAGAAUUAAAAGGUCAUGUCAUCUCAGAGACCAUGGGAAGUGAUGGGGUGACUGUAGACUUUGGGACACAGACGUAUUCAUUUGAAUCAACACCGUUUAAGCCAGAUUCUUCAUUGGCUGACAUUACAGCAGACCGGAGUCCGUUCCUCAGUUUUCAUCUUCAACCUGAAAGCGUGACUAACAGGCACAACAAAGUCAGCUCCGUGUUCACCUUGUUUUGUCACCACUUCUUCAGACGCGACGAGUUUGCUUCACACUUCAAGAACGUCCAUGCGGAUAUCCAGUCUAGUCUGAGCGGCUGGUUCGAGCAGCGUUGCCCUCUGUCCUACCUCGGGUGCACCUACAGCCAAAGGAAGUUCUGUCCUGCCAGACAGAAGGCUAAAAUUACCUACAGUCAGGAACUCAGCACCUUCACCCUCAAGCCAGAGGUUUCCUCUUUACUCUUUGAGGGUGUGAAAACUAAUCCCGCCCUCAGAAAACGUGCAAGAAACCUGGACUCCCUGAGCAGCCUGCCCUUUGAGAUGCUGCAGCAUAUCGCUGGGUUUUUGGAUAGCUUGGCUUUGUCCCAGCUAGCCCAGGUCUCUCAGUACAUGAGGGAAGUCUGUUCCACACUGCUUCAGGAGCGAGGUAUGGUCAGUCUGAAAUGGGAAAAGAAAACAUACUCACAUGGGGGAUCUUCCUGGAGAGCAAGGAAGAAGGUCUGGCAGUUCAGUUGUCUAUUUUCCACUGUAGACAGCUGGUGCUUUGAUGACAUUCCCUCCAUGUCUGAGCAUCUGAAGGUCUGCCCUUUCUAUGUGACUGAACAGAAGAGUGAGCCUGUCCCCCUGGCCAACAUGUGUGGGACCAAAGAACAAUCACAAGAGAGGAGCACCCUGGUAUCCAUUUUUCUACCAAAGCCGUGA